GGUGGUAUUCUUUUAAACUUAGUUAAAAUCUAUACAGUUAUGACGAAAAGAAGAGUCAAUAUUACUCACAAUCAAGGCAUAUUUAUUUACAUGACGAACAAACACAUAACAACAAUUGUGUUCAAGUGUGUGAUAUUUGCUAAACCAUGAUCAACUAGUCAUUUUCGACUUCAGUCGUGUAAAUAGCCCAUUUAUGUCAAAUUGACAAUAAUAUUUUUUUAAUUAUUAUAAUAUGUGGAAACAGACUGUCUCGAACAGUAGUGUUCAGCCCCUAUUCUUAAUAACUGAUAUUAUUGUUUUCAGAUAUCCCUCUUAUUGUUUAUUUUACUGUAUGUAAGCUCAUAUGUUAUAAUAUGUCAGUUCAAAAGAAAAGUGGAUUCAGAAGAUAUGUAUGCUGGACAAGAAGAUGCUAUUGUGUACAGAAUAUCAUUAUGGCUAUGUACAUUUACACUGGCAGUAUCUGCAGCCGCAGUUAUGUUAUUACCAAUAUCUAUUGUCAGUAAUGAAGUUCUACAUCUCUAUCCUAAAAGCUACUAUGUUAAAUGGUUGAACAGUUCACUCAUAAAUGGAUUAUGGAAUCAGGUGUUUUUAUUUUCAAACUCGGCUCUUUUUAUAUUGAUGCCAUUUGCCUACUUCUUCACUGAGGCAGAAGGUUUUUCAGGAUCAAAAAAGGGUGUUAUGGCCAGAGUAAAAGAAACAACGAUUGUUUUAAUUUUAUUAGCAAUUUUAGUAUUAGGUUUAGCCUUUGUGGCAUCUGCCCUUAUAAAUGAUGAUCAAAAUAGCAAAAAAACUUUAUUUGAUAUGUGGAAUAUAUAUUUACCGUAUUUGUAUUCUUGUAUAUCCUUUCUAGGAGUUUUAGUAUUAUUGUUGUGUACACCUGUUGGGUUCGCUAGAUUAUUCACUGUUAUGGCCCAGUUAGUUGUUAAACCUAAGUUAUUUCGUGAUAUAGAUGAAGAAUUAUGUACAGCAAGAUUAGAAGGAGAAAAUAUAGUUCGUAAAAUACAGUAUAGAAAUACAGCUCCAUGUCAAAUAGCCAAUGGACAUCCGAAUUUAGAGUUAUUACAAGAUCAGUUAAAGGAAGCUAAAUCAGAAAUCCAGGAAUUAGAAAAACGUCAACAAGUAUCAUCUUUAAGGCGUAAUCUAGUCUUUCCAAUAGUCAUGCUUUUGUUAUUGGCUUUAACUGUUUUUAGUGUUUUACUUGUUGCUCACAAUACUCUAUUACUGCUGGUUGGUAUAAAAGCAUUACCCAGAGGUGCUAAGGAUGCUGUUAUUGGUAUAUCUUCACUAUCGGCUUUUGGUCCAGUUGGAGCUGUGGUUGAAAUUCUACUGAUUUUUUAUAUAAUGUCUGCAUCUGUUGUUGGACUUUACAGUCUUCCAGGUUUUCGUCAUUUACAACCAAAAGAUCACGACACUGCCAUGGUGAAAAUAAUUGCUAACUGUGUUAUUAUUCUUAUUUUAAGCUCAGCAUUACCAAUACUCACUAAAACCUUGGGUAUCACAAACUUCGAUUUGAUUGGAAAUUUUGGAAGUAUGGACUGGUUAGGUAAUUUUUACAUCAUUUUCACCUACAACUUAAUAUUUGCUGUGUGUACAGCUCUUUGUUUGGUGACCAAAUUUACACAUACAGUGAGGAGUGAAAUAUAUGAUAGACUUAUUACAGCAUUUCGUCGCGAGAAGAGAACUGUUUCUUUUUCCGUUUCCUCGACAAUGAAUGGUGGUUUAAAAGAAGAGUAAUGCUAGAGAUGUGUGUGUGUGUGUUUUUAAGAUUUAAAUGGAAUCAGUAUUUGUUAAAUGUGUUAUUAUAAACAGUGAUAUGUUUUAUUAAAGUGUUAAAUGUGCUGCUGCUCAAAAAAAAGGAUUAUACGAUUUCCGAACAUUCUAACGGGCAAUUGAACAAAUUUUUAAUUGUUAAAAAAGCGAGAUUUGAUUAUUUUGUUGCUCUCAUUAAGUGCUCAAAAGUAUUUCGUCCAUUUUUUAAAUGAAAGGAGAUAUAAACUUGCCAGUUCCGUGUAACGAACAUAUCACAUUAUCAGAUAUUUUCAUAUCUCAUCAAGGAAGACCAAAGACUAUUUUGAUCAUAAGCGGUGAACAAAUUUGUUAUUGCAUCUUUUGUAGUCUUCAAAACCUUUAAUGAGUGCCAAAACCCGAUAUGGAAGAUGUGUAAAUGUCAUGUAUUAUCAAUAUUGUACUUGCGGUUGUGGAAUGACUUUUAUUUUGUAUGGAUAUUAUCUAGAAUUCAUUUUAUCAAGUGAACAACUGUGCUUAUCAUGUAUUGAUUAAUCUAAGGCCACACAAUUUGAAUUUCUAUUCUUUAGGAACAUCUGUUAAAAAUUUUCUUCUUAUUUCUUUAGGAAAAAGACUAAUUUUAAAAACCAAAAGUACAUAAACAUAAACACACUUGUAUGCAUAUACUACUU